AGCCACCAGGGUUUCCUGCGGAGCUAUUGCAUGAGAUUCUGGGAGCCGUAGGCAAGACAGCCCCAAAGUCUUGUGGGAGUCGUAGUCUUCCGAACCACUUCCGUGUUGAGCUUCCCCGCGUCUAACAGUUUGGUUUUCCCAGCACCGCAGUCUGCCCAGGAGUAGCUGACCCUUCCCACCCCUCCUGGACCCCGCGAUGCCCGCGCCGCAGUGCGCCUCCUGCCACAAGGCGCGCGCCGCCCUCCGCCGUCCAUGCUCCGGCCAAGCGCUGUGCGGCACCUGCUUCUGCGCUGCUUUUGAAGCCGAGGUGCUGCACACGGUGGUCGCAGGCCGCCUGCUGCCCCGCGCCGUGGUGGCCGUGGGUGCCUCGGGAGGCAAGGACUCAACAGUACUGGCCCACGUGCUGCGCGAGCUGGCACCGCGCCUGGGCAUCUCGCUGCAGCUGGUGGCCGUGGACGAGGGCAUCGGCGGCUACCGGGAUGCGGCGCUAGCUGCCGUGCGGCGCCAGGCGGCCCGCUGGGAGCUGCCGCUCACCGUCGUGGCCUACGAGGACCUCUUUGGGGGCUGGACGAUGGACGCAGUGGCCCGCAGCACAGCGGGCUCCGGCCGUAGCCGCUCCUGCUGCACCUUCUGCGGGGUGCUGCGGCGUCGGGCGCUGGAGGAAGGGGCGCGCCUCGUGGGAGCCACGCAUGUCGUGACAGGCCACAACGCGGACGACAUGGCGGAGACCGUGCUCAUGAACUUCCUGCGGGGCGACGCCGGCCGGCUGGCCCGGGGCGGGGGCCUGGGCUCGCCGGGCGAGGGGGGCGCCCUGCCGCGCUGCCGCCCGCUGCAGCUGGCGUCGCAGAAGGAGGUGGUGCUGUACGCGCACUUCCGCCGCCUGGACUACUUCUCGGAGGAGUGCGUCUAUGCGCCCGAGGCCUUCCGCGGCCACGCGCGCCACCUGCUCAAGCUGCUGGAGGCGGCGCGGCCGUCGGCGGUGCUGGACCUCGUGCAUUCGGCCGAGCGCCUGGCGCUGGCCCCGGCCGCGCGGCCCCCGCCCCCCGGCGCCUGCUCCCGCUGCGGGGCGCUGGCCAGCCGCGCGCUCUGCCAGGCCUGUGCCCUCCUGGACGGCCUGGACCGCGGCCGGCCCCGCCUCGCCAUCGGCAAGGGACGCAGGGGGCGGGACGAGGGGGGGACGCCUCGGGAGCCGGGGCGGGUCCGAACUCCGGUCCCUGAGGCGGUCCCCACUUUCUAGGACCCCCACUGCUCCGCUGGGAUCCCACCAGGGAGCACGGGGCGCCUGUAAAUGACUGUGAAUAAACCUGAGUUACCUUUGCUUCCCUGUGAGGUUGGGAGGGGGAUGGAACCGGUUACCUGAGACCCUGCGGAAGCUGCAGCCUGGGUUCUGGGUCUCGGGAGGGAACUCAGUUUUCCCCUCCUGAGCAAGAGGGAACUAGGAGGCUGCUUUCCCGUACCUCUGCCAGGUUCUGGGCGUGCUCAAACAGUCCUGACCCUUCUUGAGCACCUAC